CCUCCUUAAGUUGCGUCGCGCCACAGCUGUCUGCGAACACUGAGCUGCCUGGCGCCGUCUUGAUACUUUCAGAAAGAAUGCAUUCCCUGUAAAAAAAAAAAAAAAUACUGAGAGAGGGAGAGAGAGAGAGAAGAAGAGAGAGAGACGGAGGGAGAGCGAGACAGAGCGAGCAACGCAAUCUGACCGAGCAGGUCGUACGCCGCCGCCUCCUCCUCCUCUCUGCUCUUCGCUACCCAGGUGACCCGAGGAGGGACUCCGCCUCCGAGCGGCUGAGGACCCCGGUGCAGAGGAGCCUGGCUCGCAGAAUUGCAGAGUCGUCGCCCCUUUUUACAACCUGGUCCCAUUUUAUCCUGCCGUACCCAGUUUUUGGAUUUUUGUCUUCCCCUUCUUCUCUUUGCUAAACGACCCCUCCAAGAUAAUUUUUAAAAAACCUUCUCCUUUGCUCACCUUUGCUUCCCAGCCUUCCCAUCCCCCCACCGAAAGCAAAUCAUUCAACGACCCCCGACCCUCCGACGGCAGGAGCCCCCCGACCUCCCAGGCGGACCGCCCUCCCUCCCCGCGCGCGGGUUCCGGGCCCGGCGAGAGGGCGCGAGCGCAGCCGAGGCCAUGGAGGUGACGGCGGACCAGCCGCGCUGGGUGAGCCACCACCACCCCGCCGUGCUCAACGGGCAGCAUCCGGACACGCACCACCCGGGCCUCAGCCACUCCUACAUGGACGCGGCGCAGUACCCGCUGCCGGAGGAGGUGGAUGUGCUUUUUAACAUCGACGGUCAAGGCAACCACGUCCCGCCCUACUAUGGAAACUCGGUCAGGGCCACGGUGCAGAGGUACCCUCCGACCCACCACGGGAGCCAGGUGUGCCGCCCGCCUCUGCUUCAUGGAUCCCUGCCCUGGCUGGACGGCGGCAAAGCCCUGGGCAGCCACCACACCGCCUCCCCCUGGAAUCUCAGCCCCUUCUCCAAGACGUCCAUCCACCACGGCUCCCCGGGGCCCCUCUCCGUCUACCCCCCGGCCUCGUCCUCCUCCUUGUCGGGGGGCCACGCCAGCCCGCACCUCUUCACCUUCCCGCCCACCCCGCCGAAGGACGUCUCCCCGGACCCAUCGCUGUCCGCCCCAGGCUCGGCCGGCUCGGCCCGGCAGGACGAGAAAGAGUGCCUCAAGUAUCAGGUGCCGCUGCCCGACAGCAUGAAGCUGGAGUCGUCCCACUCCCGUGGCAGCAUGACCGCCCUGGGUGGGGCCUCCUCGUCGGCCCACCACCCCAUCACCACCUACCCGCCCUACGUGCCCGAGUACAGCUCCGGACUCUUCCCGCCCAGCAGCCUGCUGGGCGGCUCCCCCACCGGCUUCGGAUGCAAGUCCAGGCCCAAGGCCCGGUCCAGCACAGAAGGCAGGGAGUGUGUGAACUGUGGGGCAACCUCGACCCCACUGUGGCGGCGAGAUGGCACGGGACACUACCUGUGCAACGCCUGCGGGCUCUACCACAAAAUGAACGGACAGAACCGGCCCCUCAUUAAGCCCAAGCGAAGGCUGUCUGCAGCCAGGAGAGCAGGGACGUCCUGUGCGAACUGUCAGACCACCACAACCACACUCUGGAGGAGGAAUGCCAAUGGGGACCCUGUCUGCAAUGCCUGUGGGCUCUACUACAAGCUUCACAAUAUUAACAGACCCCUGACUAUGAAGAAGGAAGGCAUCCAGACCAGAAACCGAAAAAUGUCUAGCAAAUCCAAAAAGUGCAAAAAAGUGCAUGACUCACUGGAGGACUUCCCCAAGAACAGCUCGUUUAACCCGGCCGCCCUCUCCAGACACAUGUCCUCCCUGAGCCACAUCUCGCCCUUCAGCCACUCCAGCCACAUGCUGACCACGCCCACGCCGAUGCACCCGCCAUCCAGCCUGUCCUUUGGACCGCACCACCCCUCCAGCAUGGUCACCGCCAUGGGUUAGAGCCCUGCUCGAUGCUCACAGGGCCCCCAGCGAGAGUCCCUGCAGUCCCUUUCGACUUGCAUUUUUGCAGGAGCAGUAUCAUGAAGCCUAAACGCGAUGGAUAUAUGUUUUUGAAGGCAGAAAGCAAAAUUAUGUUUGCCACUUUGCAAAGGAGCUCACUGUGGUGUCUGUGUUCCAACCACUGAAUCUGGACCCCAUCUGUGAAUAAGCCAUUCUGACUCAUAUCCCCUAUUUAACAGGGUCUCUAGUGCUGUGAAAAAAAAAAUGCUGAACAUUGCAUAUAACUUAUAUUGUAAGAAAUACUGUACAAUGACUUUAUUGCAUCUGGGUAGCUGUAAGGCAUGAAGGAUGCCAAGAAGUUUAAGGAAUAUGGGAGAAAUAGAGUGUGGAAAUUAAGAAGAAACUAGGUCUGAUAUUCAAAUGGACAAACUGCCAGUUUUGUUUCCUUUCACUGGCCACAGUUGUUUGAUGCAUUAAAAGAAAAAAAAAAAAAGAAAAAAGAGAAAAGAAAAAAAAGAAAAAAGUUGUAGGCGAAUCAUUUGUUCAAAGCUGUUGGCCUCUGCAAAGGAAAUACCAGUUCUGGGCAAUCAGUGUUACCGUUCACCAGUUGCCAUUGAGGGUUUCAGAGAGCCUUUUUCUAGGCCUACAUGCUUUGUGAACAAGUCCCUGUAAUUGUUGUUUGUAUGUAUAAUUCAAAGCACCAAAAUAAGAAAAGAUGUAGAUUUAUUUCAUCAUAUUAUACAGACUGAAUUGUUGUAUAAAUUUAUUUACUGCUAGUCUUAAGAACUGCUUUCUUUCGUUUGUUUGUUUCAAUAUUUUCCUUCUCUCUCAAUUUUUGGUUGAAUAAACUAGAUUACAUUCAGUUGGCCUAAGGUGGUUGUGCUCGGAGGGUUUCUUGUUUCUUUUCCAUUUUGUUUUUGGAUGAUAUUUAUUAAAUAGCUUCUAAGAGUCCGGCGGCAUCUGUCUUGUCCCUAUUCCUGCAGCCUGUGCUGAGGGUAGCAGUGUAUGAGCUACCAGCGUGCAUGUCAGCGACCCUGGCCCGACAGGCCACGUCCUGCAAGCGGCCCGGCUGCCUCUUCACCCUGUCGUGUUCUGUGUUAGUGAUCACUGCCUUUAAUACAGUCUGUUGGAAUAAUAUUAUAAGCAUAAUAAUAAAGUGAAAAUAUUUUAAAACUACAAAAUGACAUCGUAUCCACGUGGUGGCCGAGCUCUUCUAGAAUCUGGUAGCUCUAGCUAAUUUCAGAGAAAGGAGUUAAAAGAAACAACAACCAGACAUGUUAAGUUAUUCACUAGGAACCGAUGCUAACCCCAGAGAGUCAACGUCUAUUUUGGGGGGAACUGGGAAUAUUUGGAGUUCUACAUGCGACCUGGAGGAAUUUAUCCUGGGGCCGGGGUGACAUCUGGGGUCCCCUAGUGAGUGGCAGUGUGUCUUCCUGUUCUCCUCCUGCCCUCGAAGGAGGACUGGGAAGAUUUCCACGCUGAGAUUCCCAGGCGCAAACUGCAGCUGAUGCGUUCCUCGAGGUUCUCUUUGAGAUGGAAACGAGCCGGCUGCUCGUGUUCAUUUCUGUUUUGCUUUUCUACUGUUGAAUGAAUACCACUACAGUGAAGGGAUUAUUGGAAUGUUUUCGAAACACAAAAUAACCAUUUUGUAACUUCUGCUGUAUAGUUUUCUUUUCCUGUGGAUGGAGUGUGUAACUACAGCACACAUUUAAAUGAAAUCUCUGUUAAUUGCCUC